AUGGAUACAACAGAUUUACUUCCGCUGCUGGAGCAGCUUGACGACAAUGUGGAUGACCUGGAAGAGAUUCUGCAGCCCUUUCUGGGCCAGUCCCUGUCCAAGGCUUCGAAAAACUUGCCGGUCAUGGACAAGGCCAAACUUCACGUUCUGAUCACCUACACCCUCGAAUCACUCAUUUUUUCAUACCUCCGACUCCACGGCGUCGAUGCGAAACAGCACUCCGUCUUCCGCGAACUUACACGCGUGAAGCAAUACUUUGAUAAAAUCAAGGACUUGGAAACCGAGCCCGAACAACGCACUAUGACACUUGAUAAGGCGGCUGCAGGACGUUUCAUCAAGCACGGUCUUGCCGGCAACAACAAGAUCGACUUGGAACUAGCCGAGAAGCAGGCAAAAGAGAGGGCUCGCGCUCAAUUCAAGGCUGCCAUGCUCGCAAAGAAGCAGGCUGCCGAGGCUCAGAGCGAGGAUCCGUCCAGCGCAGCCCCAUCUACUGCUCAAUCUGGCGCCGACUCUGGCGACUCUGGCGACUCUGACGAGGAUUUGAGCUCCGAGGCGGAAGCUGAGCUUGCCAAAGAGAAAGAAAAGAAGCAGGGUAAGAUUGAAAAGGCCAAUGCCCGAAACAAGAAUGCGAAGGCCGCUCGGAAGCGACAAAAGCUCGACGUGGACGGGCGUAAAGACCGCAAGAAGGAGAGGCGGCAGAAGAAGGAGGAUUUCCGCAAGAAUCAGAAGAAACAAUGA